AAAAUUUACACGCGAAUGGACACCUUUAACCGCGGGUACAAGACAAUUCUUUGCACUGCACUGGGCAAUAGCCAACACAUUCUUCACCCUUUAUUUGGCCGAUCAUGAUUCAACGCUGAACCCUCGAAACUCAUUCAGUGCAACAGUUCGUACAUACGGGUGUACUUCUUGACUCCCUGACAAGCACUGCUUGAAGUCAUUGGCACUCCUCACUCGUCUCAACUAGCUGGUGGGGGCGCGGUUGCAGCAAUAUGAGUGCUCCAGGCAAGCGCCGCAUAGGGGGCCACUUUGGUGCUGCCCUAGGGGCCUCGACAAAGCGCCAGCGGGCAGGUUGGAGGGACGAGGUGGAGGAAGAUGACGUAGCAGCGAACACGCAGGCUGGCGAUGAUGACGACUCCGAGGAGGCAGUCUUGGACCCUGGGACACCACUGCCUUCUGAAGAAGAGGAGGAAGCGGAGAAGGCAGCAUCUCCGGAGAAGGUAGAGACUGCUGAGGACAUGGCUAAGGUGGCUGAGGCUGAGGAUGACAAGGCCCAGACUGCAAUUACUGCAGUGAAUGAGGAGAAGGCACCUGCAACCACUGCAGGUGAGGCGAAUAUGCCUGCAGCCUUCAACCUCGAGGUGAUUGUAGGCAAAAACAAGGUUGGGGAGCUGCGAAUCCUGCUCCCCUUCGGCGUUGACUCCGACAUUGAGCAGCGCUUGUCCGCGUGUGUGGCUCCAGAUGGAGGAUCUGUUGAUUUCAUUGUCGGACAAACAGUAUGCGGCUUUGGAGGCCAUGCAGUUCCUGGCCAGAAAGAAACGGAUAAGGGGCCAGAAGAAGGCGAGACACAAGAAAUGGCAGCUGGUUUGCUACCGGUUGAAGCGCCCAAGGCGCCAGAGCCGGUGGCAAACGGCUUUCAAAGUGCAGGUUUGCACUGCUGUGCCGGCCUCCUCACAGCACCUCGGUGUGGGACUGGGCUGGCGUUGACACUGGGUGCAGAUUCAGCACUUGAUAGCACGCACCGAGUGCUAGGGCCGGUUCUUUCUGGCCGGCGCUGCUUCCGCCGCCUUCAAGCGCUCGCUCCCCUCUCACUAGAGGCUCGGCCUCGAGUUCCAGUAUUCCUUCAGCUGCCGAAGCAGGAGGAGGAAGGUGUUGGGGGGCAUGGGCGACAAGCUCCUCUCCGUUUAGAGCCCUACAAGGAAUCAGCUGCUCCUCCCUUUGCAGAGGAGGAGGAGAAGGCGGUCUUGCCGCCAGAGGAACUUCUGGACCUUGUGGACCUUGAGCUCAGCGGCCGCGAUGGAGAGGUGGCAGACCUGAAGCAGACCACCUUCAGUCGCGAGAGGCAGCAAGGAGUUGACAAGGUUGAAGAGGUUCUACACAGUCUGCUGGCGCGAGUGGAGAAACUCGAAGGCUUGGAUGAGACGCUGUCAGGACAACGAGUAUGGGUAGAAGAGGGAGCGAACCGCUUGCUCCGCGUCCUGAAGAAGCUCCACUAGAGCAGAAAAUGGACGGCUAAAGGAUUGUGGCUUGUUUGAAGCAAAUCGGAUUGAGCUAGUGUCUUCCUGUAGUUUACUGUGCAUGUGUAACAGACAUUUCAAGCCCCAAGCCAGAGGAGGAUCCCAAUUCCAAUGCGCAGGUGAAUCGGGAUGGAUGAUCCAAUACAAGGAUAGUGAGUGUUGAACCUGCUUUAUCAAACAUCAGG